AUGCUCCACGAGAUCCUCCUCUCCCUGUCCGGGCAACCCUCGCCGCUCUUUUUUCAAGACGGGCGCAGUGAUACGCUCGCUGAAGACGAUCUUCCCCUUCUCGCGCCCCCAGAGAGAGCCCUCCUUGGAUCAAUUGCCCAUCUGAGUCGAUUGCACGCGCAGCUGCGAGAAUCCUGCUAUCGAGUCUCAUCAUCGCAUCGCUCAGUUGUCUGUCGCUCGGUAUCUACUGCGAUCAGCAACAAUCAACUAGACGACUUUCAAAAGAAGAUUCUCGAGGUAGAGAAGGCUAUACUUACCGAGGACAGUGGGUAUGUUGGCGGAUACGGGAUUGUACCGCUGUCCACAAUAGUUGGAGAGUUUGCGCCCUGGACUCGUCGCUUGGAGUGGCUCUGGAACAUUGUGACGUUUAUGCAACCACAACAUGAGCAAGCCAACUCUGUACAGGGGUGCACGGGAGCGGCGCUCAUCGACCACUUGCGCGCCGAGUGUCGCACUGGAUACCUUGAUAUCAAAGAAAUGGCUGUCCAGCUUACAACAGCCGCAGAGAUGGCUUGGAUGAGACAAUUAUCUACAUGGCUCUUAUGCGGCGAUAUGCCAGUGUUCGGCAAAGGGGACUUCUUCAUCGGGGAAGACAUUGAUCCUGGAGAUGGCGAAGUGGAGUUCAGCCUGCACAUGGAGCUAGUUCCCAAGUUUGUCACUGCACAAACAGCAGGAUCCAUUUUGUUCAUUGGCAAAUCGCUUAAUCGUGUUCGUGACAAGAAAAAGUCCAAAAAACCCGAUUCAACCACGCCGGUGACGCUAUACCGGGAGCACAUCGAUAAACUUGCCGGGCUUAAGUCGCCAAUCUCAUCAACUCUGCUCUCCGCGGCUGUAGAUUCUAUCCGACUAUCGGAGGGAGAGUUUGCGGUUGCGCUAGUGUCCCAAGCGGACUCCCGAAUUGAAGAGAUUCGGCGCCGCGGUGCACUUGCGCGGGUUUUGUCUGGAAAUCUGGCGGGACUUCCAAUCAAAGAAGGCGAUGUCAGCAGUGUUUUGUCCCAGGCGUGGGCUGAAUUGUUCUCUCUUCAAAAGGUUGAGGAUCCUACAGACGAGGGACUCGAGCUCGCGCGAGAGCUUCUUCGCUUGUCAGUCAAUGACAAAACGCCUCGCCCUAUGACUCCAUCGCGAAGCUCGGCUGUCAUCUACGAGAUUUCAGGAGUUUCUUUCGAGGAUGUCCUCUUUCCGGUACCUACAUCCCUCACGGCCCAGGUUCAGGCGCCUCUCGACCUAUUUCUUUCGAGCUCCGACAUUGCUGUUUAUUCUAAGAUUAAUGCGUAUCUGUUGGGCAUCCGUCGCGCUCAAUUCCGACUGGGCAACCUAUGGAAAGAGACAUCCCUUCGCAGAAUCCAUCCUUCUCCGUGGGGACCGCCCCGAAGUAGUAGUGUCUUCGGCCAGAACAAAUUGAGAGAGGGACGUGCGAGAGAUAACGCCAGGGUUCGACUGAUGCGUUCCACAUGGGCCACCGCGAGCGCCUGUCUCUUUGUGCUAUCAGAGCUCGGAGGGUUCUUCCAGGGAGAGGUCAUUCAAGAAUCAUGGCAACAUUUGCGGAGAUGGAUUGAGGAGACAGAUUCCUCAGCAAGCCGUGCAUCUGGUUCUAGGCCUAGCACUGCAUCCACAUCGAAAGACCAACAGCAGUCUCGGGCUGCGUCCCCCAACGUCGUCGGCAAUCGACCGACCUCUGCGGGCGGGGCUCCCUCAAUGGGCCGCCACGACCCUGAAGCGCUGACUGUUGCUCACCGACGCCAUUUAUCCACGCUAGUCAGGUCUUUAUUCUUGAACGACCGAGCUUUCACCGGGGUGCUUCGCUCUUUAAUCUCCAGCGUGGACCGCUUUGUGGCACUUGUCAUUCGACUUGAGACAGUGCAGCGCAACAUGGACCUGGAGACGGACGAGGGCGUGGUUGAGUCUCUUGUGGACUACGCACAAGAGGAACACGAGGUCUGGCUGGAUCUGCGCAGUACGUGUGAUGAUGUCAAUGCCGGCAUGAAUGACCUGGUCGUUAGUCUUCGCAAUAUAGACGAUCAUCGCACGGGUGAGAAUUUCGGUCCCGCCUGGGCAGGGUCUCGUGUGGACGAGAGUUCUAGUCCUGGAUUUCGCCAUUAUGUUCCUCGCCAGCCCGCGGGUGUUGACCGCCUGCUGAUGAAGCUAGAUUUUGGGAGUCUUCGAGGCUCCACGACUGGAGCGGACCUUGACCGUCUGGACUUUGACUGA